AGGGGCGGGGGCGGCGCCGUUGCCUCAGCGGGGCCCUGGCCGGGGCUGCGUGCGAGGCGGCUUAAUCCCCCUCCUCGCCCGCUUUCCCUCUCACGCUAUUUCUUUUCUCCCUUCGGUUCCCGCCGAAAACGGGGGGGGGGCGCGGAGAAGGAGCGCGUGUUUGAGGCGAGGGUCGCGGCGGGGGAUGUAGGGAGCGGACGGCUUCCCUCCCCCGCCGCGAAGUCGCCCUGCGGUGGUGGCGGUUGUUGCGGGGCCGCGGCGGCGGCGCCAUGUUGCCGAGGGGGGCGGGGCCGGGACAUGGCGGCGGCUGCGCGUGCUGAGGCCGAUUGUUCCCAGUUAGGCCGCGGCCAUGUGGGAGCCGCCGUUGCCGCCACCACCCGAGAGGGGAAAGAGGGAGAGACCAAGAGGCGGGAGAGGGGGGGGAAGAAGCGCGGUAAGGGGGCCGUGCUGGUUUCCCCUUCGGGAACAGGGGGCGGAGGAGAGCAGCGCGAGGGCGGCCCAGGCCUGGGGCAUAAAGGAAGUAAAGGGACGGCGGGCCUGGCCGGCUCGCGGGGGGGGGGGGGAGAGGAGGAGGGGGCGCGCGAGAAAGGGAAAAUACGCCGCUCCAGUAGCCGAGCCCUGACCCGCCGCCACAGCGCCCCCUGGCGCCCCUGCUGGGCCCAGGCACCUCGCGGGCUCAGCACGUGCAAGCUCCGGAGAAGCCGCGGGCCCGGCUCGGGGGCGCCAUUGUGCUCCCCAUCUGCUUCCCGCCACCUUUACCCUCGCGGACCCCGCGCUGCUGCUGCCGCCGCCGCGCUCCUUCGGCGGCUCCCGCGCCUUUUUACCAACAGAUGCUGUGCCACAGCAGCUGAAACAAUCGGACGUUUUCCAGUCCAGUUUUUCAAAGCACCUACCAAAACACAUUACAUGGGAGCAGUGGCACAUGCUUGGCAGCCUUCCUAUGUCAAGAGUGAGGAGAGAAUGUCAGGAUGGGGGUAUGAAAUAUCCUCUCGUUCUUUGAUAUGGCUGUUAGAAGCCACUGCCUCAGCACAUGGGUUCAUAAGAUUUAGUCAAUAAUUACAUGCUGUGUGAUAUUUGCAUGGAUAUAAUUAAAUUCCAUAAUA